GGCAAGAUGGCAGCCGCCUGUGCGAGAUCUUUGGGUCAGAUCGGGCGGCAUGCUUUCCUCACACAGAGCUGUAGGACGGGGAAUGUUGCUGCCAUCGUACCUCGAAUCUCUAUACCCGGGAGCGCUCGGGCUUACGGAACCGGCGGCGCAAGGUUCCGAUCUAAACUGCUUUCCGCUGCCCCGCUACGGGCCGGGGGCAGAGCGCUGGGGUGUGCUUUCUUGCUGGGAGGUGGAAUCGGCUUGUACCAGGCAGUGAAAUUCAACUUUCAGCGUCAUUUCGCAGAGGAGGAGGCAGACGAGUGUAGCUCGGAGCCUAAGUUCACGUUGUACCAGUAUAAGACCUGUCCGUUCUGCAGCAAGGUUCGAGCCUUUCUCGACUACCAUGGCCUUCCCUACGAGAUUGUGGAGGUCAACCCUGUUAUGCGUCAGGAGAUCAAGUGGUCUAGAUACAGAAAAGUCCCCAUCCUGAUGGUGGAUGACGCUGUGCAACUGAAUGACUCAUCUGUAAUAAUCAGUACUCUGAAGACGUACUUGGUCACCCAAGGGAAGAAGGUCCAUGAUAUCCUGAUUUGUUAUCCAGAAAUGAAAUCCAUAAACGAGAGCGGGAAGGAGGUUAUUGAGUAUAACAACAAGUACUGGCUCAUGCUGAGUGAGGCCGAGGCAGAGCAGCUGUACCUUGAAAAAGACUCAAGAAAGGAAGAGAUGAAGUGGCGCAAGUGGGCAGAUGAUUGGCUGGUGCAUCUCAUCUCCCCCAACGUGUACCGGACCCCCUCCGAGUCCCUGGCUUCCUUCGACUACAUCGUGCGGGAAGGAAAGUUCGGGACCUUUGAGGGCUUCUUUGCCAAGUAUGUGGGGGCACUCGCCAUGUUCUUCGUAUCAAAGAGGCUGAAAAACAAACACAAUUUACAGGAUGAUGUGAGGCAAGACCUGUACAAGGCUGUGAACGAGUGGGUGUCGGCAAUUGGCAAGAAGAGGAAGUUCAUGGGUGGAGACCGACCCAACCUAGCAGACCUGGCUGUGUAUGGGGUUCUGAGAGUAAUGGAGGGGCUGGAGUCUUUUGACGACAUGAUGGAGAACACAAAGGUGAAGAGCUGGUACCGACGCGUGGAGAAGGCCGUCCAGCACCACGAGGGACACAACUGAUGCUGCCGAAACCGAUCGGGGGCCAAUCCAGACAGAGCUUCCACUUUGUCAUGAAUCAGCAUUCGCUCAACCGAGGUGACAGCGGCUGGGAUGGUUUUUGUUUUUUGGGGCACAUACGGUUUUGAUAGAAGAGGAGAGAAUCUUGUUGUCAUUUCCCCAGUGGCCAAGUCAUCAUCUGCCUCUGAGUGGAGCUACUUUCUGAUUUGCCGGGGCUUGGGGCAAAGCAUAUUGCUCUUUCAGACUGACUUGAUUUAAGUUGUAUGUGCAUAGAAUACUUCUGAAGUAAUGUUCUCCAAAAUAUUUGAUGGUAGCAACUAUGCAUUUUUGUUCUUUAUGUUUCUGGAUCUAGUACAUUGGGGCUUCAUCUCCUAAAGCUUGCAGUUUAUGGAAAAUAUGCAAUAUUGAAAAUGAACAUACAAUAGAGCAGUUGAUUCAUUGGUGAUUCAUUGUGGUAGAAAGCUUGCUUGUGAAAGAGUAAAUUCAGAGUGCUGACUGUUUCUUGAAUGAUGGACACCAUCUCUUUGCCAAAUCUUAGCAUUUUGAGUUUGGCCACUUUAAAAUAGUCUGUUCUCAUCUGAAUCUAUUUAUUUCAUGAGCAUUAGAAAUGCACAAUUUUAGUCUGUAUUUAAGUCAUUCAUGUGUUCAGAUAAUUCCUAGUGAUGUCUGAGGAACAGGUCUGUCAUAGAAUGAUUGAUACCACCUGUUAGUGUCUCAGACCUUCAUUCUGACCCCUGGGUUUUCUCUUUAUUUCCAUACCCUACGGUUAACCACCCCCCAACUAAGGGGGUGCAACUCCUGACACUGUCAGAGUAAAGAAGUACAAGUCAAUUCACUUUACAUAUUUUUCACACGACUACCACCAACCAGGGUUCUCCAAAGUCAUCAGUAUUUACUGAACCACAGCCAGUUGGGUUUUUUUUUCUUUCCUGUUAGAUACUCUCUAUGUAGAGAACAAAAAGAAUCUCGACAUUUUGGUAUUUUCUCUGCAUUUUUUUUCCCUUCUCUGUCCUUAGGAUGAUGCUUUGCUGGAGUGCUGAAGGUGUGUGAAAGUUCUGUGAGGGCGAUUUUGGUCAAGGGUAUUUCUGUUGGCCCUUGCAAAGAUAGCCCUUUCUUUGGAAAGCGUUCUUGUGCAUCACCACCAGAGCACAAAUGUUAUAAGAUUAUUUAAAAAUAAUAAUGACUCUGAAUGCACAUUGAUGUGUA